AUGAGUCACAUCGUAGCUGGUAGCACAGUACGCAGGACCUAUUUUAUCAUUGGCCUGACGUGGGGAGUUGGCUUAAUACCUGCACUAACAGAUGUUAUCAUUAUCCUUGCCACACAGCAUAUAAGCUUCUUUUCAACAGUAAUCUUUUGUUUUCCUCUCAGUGUAUACUACACCCGACACCAUGAAGAGAAAGUGAAGGUGGUCCAAGGCCUGUAUAUGUCCUUUGUGUGGCUGACACUGAUCUAUACGUAUGUUAGGAUAUUUCUAACGGCCAAAGCAGCCAAAGGAGACGCUGCCUCAGCCAAAAAGGCACUUAACACCAUUUUAUUACACGGAGUACAGCUGCUUCUGUGUAUGAUGUCCUACAUCACUCCUUUAAUUGAUCUCGUUUUGAUCACAUAUUUCCCCAUCCAUCGCUCAAAAAUAACCUUCCUGGGCUACCUGAUCACCAACAUUAUCCCAAGGUUGCUCAGUCCUCUGAUUUAUAGUAUUAGAGAUCAGAAAUUUGCCAAACACAUGUCACAGUACUACUCCUGUAAAAUUAUCAUUUACAAAAGCAAACAGAAGAGGAGGAACCUCCAACGUUUUAGCAAGAAGGUAUGUUCAUUUAAGAAUUAA